AUGCUUUCACGCCUUACACAUUCGCCUUUGAUUUCAUCUGCCUCUUGCUUUCGCCUGUUCAGCACCAGGUCAAAAGGGCCAGUAAUUGGAAUUGAUCUUGGGACCACAAAUUCUUGCGUUUCCGUCAUGGAGGGCAAAACCCCAAGAGUAAUUGAAAACUCGGAGGGACAGCGAACAACGCCAUCGUUUGUUGCGUUUACAGAAAGCGGUGAAGUGAUCGUCGGAGCUCCUGCUAAACGUCAAGCGGUUGCAAACUCGGAGGGAACCGUUUUUUCUUCAAAACGGCUGAUUGGAAGAAGAUUUGACGACCAAGUUGUCCAGCAAGAUAUCAAGCACUUGCCCUACAAAAUCACCAAGCACUCGAACGGCGAUGCCUGGAUUUCAGCUCGUGGAAAGUCAUAUUCGCCCUCUCAGCUUGCAGCUUAUAUUUUGGGAAAGAUGAAGGAAACUGCAGAACAAUACAUGGGAAAGCCCAUAAAGAAUGCCGUUGUGACUGUGCCUGCAUAUUUCAAUGAUGCCCAGCGCCAGGCCACAAAAGAUGCAGGUACUAUUGCUGGGUUGGAUGUCCUUCGUGUUAUCAAUGAGCCUACGGCCGCAGCUCUUGCGUAUGGUCUUGACAAAACUGGCGACCGCACCAUAGCUGUUUAUGACCUUGGAGGCGGUACCUUUGACAUUUCCAUUCUGGAAAUACAAAAUGGCGUUUUCGAGGUAAAGUCUACCAAUGGAGAUACCCAUCUUGGUGGUGAAGAUUUCGACAAUAACUUGGUGAGCUUCAUUGUGUCCGACUUUAAAAGCCAAUCUGGCGUUAACAUUUCCUCUGACAAAAGUGCUCUUCAACGUAUCCGCCAAGCUGCAGAAAAUGCCAAGAUUGAGCUUUCCUCUUCACUGCAAACCGAAAUCAAUUUGCCCUAUUUGUAUGCCGAUGCAUCUGGACCGAAGCACUAUAAUUACAAGCUUACCAGAGCCAAGUUUGAGUCUUUAACGCAAGUUUUGAUGGAUCGUACCAUUGAGCCGUGCAAAAAGGCAAUCAAAGAUGCCAAUGUGGCUGUUAAAGACAUUGAUGAGGUUAUUCUUGUCGGCGGCAUGACGCGUGUUCCAAAAGUCCAGUCAAUUGUUUCUCAGAUUUUUGGAAAAGAGCCAUCAAAAGGUGUCAAUCCCGAUGAAGCGGUUGCCAUCGGAGCUUCUAUUCAAGGUGGUGUGCUUGCAGGUGAUGUCACGGACAUUCUUUUGUUGGAUGUUACCCCGCUUUCGUUGGGCAUUGAGACCCUUGGAGGUGUUUUUACUCGUCUUAUCAGUCGCAACACUACGAUUCCAACCAAAAAAUCGCAAGUUUUUUCUACCGCUGCGGAUGGCCAAACACAGGUUCAAAUCAGCGUGUAUCAAGGUGAACGUGAGCUGGUGAAGGACAACAAGCUUCUUGGAAAUUUUGUUUUAGGUGGAAUCCCACCGGCCCCAAGAGGAACUCCUCAAGUUGAGGUUACCUUUGAUAUCGAUGCUGAUGGAAUUGUCAAUGUCUCUGCAAAAGAUAAGGCCUCAAACCGCGACCAGUCAAUUACGAUUGUUGCCUCGUCUGGUCUCAACAAGGACGAAAUCGAAAGAAUGAUCUCCGAGGCUGAACGCAAUGCCGAAUCCGACCGUGCUCGCAAGGAGGUUAUUGAAGCGAAAAACAGCGCCGAUUCUGCCAUCACUGAGAUUGAGAAAUCCAUGACCGAAUAUUCGGCUCAGAUCCCAAAAGAAGAGGCCGAUCGUAUCAAGGGAAUUAUUUCGGAACUUCGAAGCCUGAUGGAAAAUCCAGAUACCGCUGCAGAACCGAUUCAAAACAAGGUCAAGGAAAUGCAGCAAGCCUCACUUAACUUGUUCCAGAUGGCAUAUCAAAAAAAGAUGAAUGCUAAUCAAUCCUCCUCCUCCUCCUCAGAGCCAUCUGGCUCUGCUUCCGAUGCUGAAUUCAAGGAUGUCAAUGGUGAAGAAAAGAAAUAA